AUGGCGUCUCUGCGGGGCUCCGGCGGCGUCGGGCGAGGGGCGAUCGCGGCCUUGGGGGGCGACGGGGAGCCGGGGGGCGGCGGGCUGGGCGGGCUGGGCGCCGGCGGGGGGCCGCCCGCCUCCCAGUACGGGAACGGGCUGGGCGGCGGCGGCCCCGGCGGGGAGCAGGGCGGCGGGCUGCGCGACGAGGACGAGGACGAGGAGGAGGGCGAGCUGCUGGAGGCCGCGGGCGGGCCGGGGGGCGGCGGGGGGGGCGGCCGGGGGGCAGGCGGCGGCCCCAGGGGCGCCCUCUCCUCCUCCGCCGCCGCUGCCGCCGCCUCACACCCGCCCAGGGCCGGCCAGGCCGGGGCGGGGGUCGGGGCCGCCCACCAUCACCCCCACCCCGAGGAGCUGGAGGAGGAGGCCGGCCUGGGAGAGAGCGACCCCGGGGACUCCGCCAUAGAGGACCCCGAGCUGGAAGCCAUUAAAGCUCGUGUGCGAGAGAUGGAGGAGGAAGCGGAAAAGCUGAAAGAACUGCAGAAUGAAGUGGAGAAGCAAAUGAACAUGAGCCCUCCGCCGGGCAAUGCCGGCCCGGUCAUCAUGUCUUUAGAAGAAAAGCUGGAAGCGGACGCCAGGUCCAUAUACGUAGGCAACGUGGAUUAUGGAGCGACAGCAGAAGAGCUAGAAGCCCACUUCCACGGCUGCGGCUCAGUCAAUCGCGUGACGAUCCUCUGUGACAAGUACACCGGUCACCCCAAAGGGUUUGCUUACAUUGAGUUUUCGGACAAGGAGUCAGUGCGGACUUCUUUGGCGCUAGAUGAGUCCCUCUUCCGGGGAAGACAGAUCAAGGUGAUACCCAAACGGACCAACCGCCCCGGAAUCAGCACCACAGACCGGGGCUUCCCCCGGACCCGGUACCGAGGGAGGGGAUCCGGCUACAGUAGCUCCCGGGCCCGCUUCUACAGUGGCUUCAGCAGCAGGCCGCCCCGAGGGCGCGCGUACAGGGGCCGGGCCAGAUCGACCUCAUGGUAUUCCCCUUACUAAAAACAAAAAACAAAAAAAAUGGUUGUUUUAGGAAGGAGGAAAAAAAAAAGAAAAAAAAAUGAAGAUUGUUACCAUGAUGGAAAAAAAAUACUGUGGGGGGGAGGAGAAAGUGCAAAUGCUGUGCAGCGAAAG